AUGGAUGGUAUUUAUGGAUGUGAUUCAGUGACACUCGUCGUCGGUGGAUAUAAUAUCGAACGAUCCGAUGUGGGAAUAGCGCCACAUCCAAUGUUCACGAAAGAUAUCAUAGUUCUUCCAGCUGGAUGGACCGGUAAAGGAUAUUCAGCGUUGGUUCGACUUCCGAACAAAGAUUUGAAAGAAGUGAACAGUAAAGGUGGAGUCGUGAUUUGGAAAAGAUUGGAAUAUUUGGUGAAUUAUGACGAAAUAAAUUGA